CGAUUAGUCUUUCGCCCCUAUACCCAAGUCCGAAAAGCGAUUUGCACGUCAGCACAUCUACGAGCCUCCACCAGAGUUUCCCCUGGCUUCACCCUGCUCAGGCAUAGUUCACCAUCUUUCGGGUCGUAACAUGCAUACUCGUACUCAAACCUUUCACAGAAGAUCAUGGUCGGUCGAUGGUGCAGGCACAGGCCCUCCCACCAGUCAGGUUACUUGCGCCUCGUGGGUUUUCAGCCCACCAGCUCGCACGCAUGUUGCACUCCUUGGUCCGUGUUUCAAGACGGGCGGAAUGGAAGCCUUUCGCCAGCAUCGUGAGCUUGCAGUUCCCGAAGGACUCAAAGAGCAAGUUUCACUGCCUCGAGUUGGAGGGCGACAGAGACAAGGGAUCAAGCCUUGCUUUUAUCCCGCCAACCAACUCGAUGCUGACCAGCUCCCAGAGCAAACAACCAGCCGUGAGGCUAGCAUAAGCAAGGGAGCACCUGCAGCUUCCAUUCCCUUCCCCCUCAACAAUUUCAAGUACUUUUUAACUCUCUUUUCAAAGUUCUUUUCAUCUUUCCCUCACGGUACUUGUUCGCUAUCGGUCUCCCGCCAGUAUUUAGCCUUAGAUGGGAUUUACCACCUACUUUGGGCUGCAUUCCCAAGCAACCCGACUCUGUGAAAACAGCCCGUGAAGCAGUCAAGUACC